AUGUCAAUGCGUGUUGAAGCCGUAUACACGUAUCCUAUCAAGUCCCUCCGAGGGGUGUCCCUUUCUUCAAUCCAUGCCAAACCAACCGGGUUCGCAUACGACCGAUACUUCAUGCUCUGGGAUGCUAAUAAGAAAGAGAAUCUCCAUAUUGGACUUCGACCGGCGCUCUGCCUCUUCACUACUCGAUUGACCCCUGAGGAUGGGCCUAGAAGUAUCGAGGUUCAAUAUAGCCUAAGCUAUAUCUUUGACCAACCAUCUAGUCCUGUCGAGCCAUCUAUCCUAUCAGUACCCCUGGAGCCGGAUGUGAACAAGUUGGCACGAGUCACUGUAAUGAUGCACUUGAGUCCAUGCUCUGCAUAUGACAUGGGAGACAAGUAUAAUGACUGGUUCAGUCGUCGGCUAGGAUACCCCGUCAAGCUCCUCUACAUAGGGGACCACCGCAGGAAGGUCCUGGGGAACAUGGGCCAAGGAGUAGUGUCCCCAACAGCCAAAUCGCUGUAUGCUUCGUUGACUGCUAUUCCUGUCACCUUUCUGCUUGGAUCUUGUUUACUUUCUUGGGAAUCAACAGGCGGCAUCUCCUGGGCUACCACCGCGAUAUUGUUUGUCGCAGUCUAUAUCGCUCUUGCGCAGCUACUAAGAUAUUGGCUAGGGAGGAUAGGGCCAUUGAUCACGUUUGCGGACUUGGCCGCCUAUCUUAUCAUCAGCACCAAGAGCUACCAAGAUGUCAACGAGAGGCUGCCCGAUGACGAGGAGAUGGACAUCACCAAGUUCCGAGCCAACAUUGUUGUAUCGGGAGCCAAACAAGCCUAUGAAGAGGACUUUUGGGCUGAGCUGCGGAUUCGCGGGAGUAUUACCAUGAAGCUGACUCAAAACUGUGCGAGAUGUGGUAGUCUCAACGUUGACUACACGACGGGCAAAGCUGGUAAAAUGGAAGCAGGCAAGGUUUUGAAGAAGCUGAGCAAAGACAGGAGAGUUGAUCCAGGAAUGAAGUGGAGCCCGAUCUUUGGGAGAUAUGGCUUUCUUACGUCGGCAUCGACCAAAGGUGAAGGGGUGGUCAUCAGUGUCGGGGAUGCUGUUGAGGUGACAGUACAUAACUCAGCCCGUACCAUCACAGGCAAGUGUUCUCCCAAGAAGCAAAGGGUUAUCUAUUCUAAUACAGCUACCUCAGAUUAUCCCAAGUCCUAG